AUGACGGAGUUUGAUGACGAGCCAAUCACUUUAUCGGCCCAUGCUUUGGCUGCAUUGCAGGAGUUUCAAAUAGAGGAGAAGCAACGUCUUGAAAAAUUUGAAUCCUUAUACAAGGCAUCAGAAAAUAAAUUCGAUGAGCAACAAGCAGAGCCAGUUGAAGUGAAAAUAGACGAUUUCAAAGAGGACUGGCAGUUGUCACAGUUCUGGUACGCCGACGACACUGCGAGAACGCUAGGUAAGGCUUUGUUGGAAGGAGCUGAUGAGGACACUGUCAUUGUUGUUGCUUCUGCUCCUUCGGUGUAUGCAGCAAUAAAACAAUUUCCCGAGGACGAAAUACCCACAAAGCAUAUUUAUUUAUUGGAGUACGAUCAGAGAUUCAAAGUAUUGGCCGGAAAUGAACACUUUUUCCCAUACGACUACAACGAGCCGGGUGAAAUUCCUGGUCUUUUGAAACACAAAUGCCACCGUCUUCUCAUAGAUCCACCAUUUUUGGAAGCAGACUGCCAAACAAAAAGUGCACAAGCUGCAAGGAACUUACUAGUGAAAGAAGAUGAGCGCCUGGAAAGAACCAAGUCUGGGGAUAUAAGGUACAAAUUGAUUUCUUCGACUGGUGAAAGAAUGCAUGAUGUUGUUACUAACCACUAUCCUGGUACUAAAAUCACAAACUUUUACCCAGAACAUAAAAAUGGAUUAAGUAACGAAUUCAGGUGCUAUGCUACCUUUGAAUGCAGUCACUGGAAGUUUUCCGACGAGGACUAA